AUGAACCGUUUGGCGCGAUACGUUACUAAAUCACAACUUCCACGGUUUUCCGCUUCACUUUCUGGUAUACCAAGGCAGACCUCUGCCCCCUUCUUGGCGCGUGGAUAUGCUUCACAUAAGGAAAUCAAGUUUGGAGUCGAGGGACGUGCUUCUUUGCUUAAAGGAAUUGAUGUUCUUGCAAAGGCGGUUGCCGUCACGUUAGGACCGAAAGGUCGUAACGUAUUAAUAGAACAAGCAUAUGGUAGCCCGAAAAUAACAAAGGACGGAGUAACCGUGGCGAAAAGUGUAACUCUCAAAGACAAGUUCGAGAAUUUGGGUGCAAGACUUGUCCAGGAUGUUGCAAAUAAGACGAAUGAAAUUGCAGGGGAUGGUACCACGACAGCCACAGUUCUAACCCGCGCAAUUUUUGUAGAAGGCGUAAAAAACGUUGCAGCAGGCUGUAAUCCAAUGGAUCUUCGUCGCGGCGUACAACUGGCUGUUGAUGCCAUUGUGCAAUUUCUGCGAGAGAAUAGUCGUGUAAUUACCACGAGCGAGGAAAUUGCUCAGGUCGCUACUAUCUCUGCAAACGGUGAUACGCAUGUAGGACAGCUUAUUGCCAAUGCAAUGGAAAAGGUCGGAAAGGAAGGUGUUAUUACAGUGAAAGAAGGCAAAACAAUUGAGGAUGAAUUGGAGAUCACAGAGGGCAUGCGGUUCGACCGCGGUUACAUCUCACCAUAUUUUAUGACGGACACGAAAACGCAGAAGGUUGAAUUUGAGAAACCUUUGAUUCUUUUGUCCGAGAAAAAGAUUUCUGUAUUGCAAGAUAUCCUUCCAGCAUUAGAAGCAUCUGCUCAACAGCGUAGACCACUUCUGAUUAUAGCGGAAGAUGUCGAUGGAGAAGCGUUGGCGGCCUGCAUUCUCAAUAAAUUGAGAGGAAAUAUUCAGGUUGCGGCUGUCAAAGCGCCUGGAUUCGGUGAUAACCGUAAGAACGUUCUCGGUGAUUUGGCUAUUCUCACUGGUGGUACAGUGUUCUCUGAUGAUUUGGAUAUAAAACUUGAACGUGCAACUCCCGACCUAUACGGGACAACUGGAUCGGCUACAAUAACAAAAGAAGAUACGAUUUUACUCAAUGGGGAAGGUUCCAAAGAUAUGAUAAAUCAACGCUGCGAACAGAUUCGUGCAGCUAUUAGCGAUCAAUCGGUUUCUGAAUACGAAAAAGAGAAACUCCAAGAGCGUCUUGCUAAGCUUAGCGGAGGAGUAGCGGUAAUUCGCGUAGGUGGUGCUUCAGAGGUAGAAGUGGGUGAGAAAAAGGACAGGUUUACUGAUGCGUUGAAUGCUACACGAGCUGCAGUCGAAGAGGGAAUUGUACCUGGUGGUGGGGUGGCACUACUCAAGUCUACUCGAUGCCUAGACAAGUUGAAGCCGGCUAACUUUGAUCAACAGUUGGGGGUAAACAUUAUUAGAUCAGCAUUAGUAAAACCAGCAAAGACAAUCGUUGAUAAUGCUGGUGAAGAGGGAGCUGUGGUUGUUGGUAAGUUGCUUGAAGAACACGGUGAUGACUUUAAUUAUGGAUAUGAUGCUGCGACAGGAGAGUACGGAGAUUUGAUUGCACGUGGGAUUGUGGACCCGCUCAAAGUUGUGCGGACUGCGCUUGUGGAUUCAUCAGGCGUCGCCAGUUUAUUGACGACAACAGAAUGCAUGAUCACUGAAUCACCCGAGGAAAACAAAGGUGCCGGAAUGGGAGGCGGCAUGGGAGGAGGCAUGGGAGGCAUGGGAGGCAUGGGGAUGAUUCCAACCAUACCCGAUAUAAAUAAAGAAUUUAUUCUUUACCGCCCACAACUAACUGUCAGGGAAAAGAACAAUGGAAACCCUAAUUGGGGUAUCGACAUUACUAAUGUAAAAUUCCCUUUACCGAACGCGGCUACAUCUAUUGCAUAUAAGAAAAACUUCUAUGAUGGAAUUAACACUAAAAAUGACGAGAAUAAUACUACUUCUACAAAUACAACUUACGAAAAUAGAAUAGAACUUAGUGAUAAUAACAGUCCAGUUAUAAAAACUGAACAACUCAAUAAUAACCGUUUGCAUCCAAUAGAUUCAACACCAUCAGUCAAAUUCAAAAUAGAUGAUAGACUUUCACCCACCGACGUUCUACCUAAAACUCAUUUGUCAAUCAGUAGAGAUGAAAAUAUCUCCAACAUAACAAACAUUAAGCGCACCGGAUCGAUGCCUUCUUUUUCUGCCACCAAAGGAUUGGGCAACGGCACUAAGCCUACUGCCCUAUCCGCAUCGAAUCAAUCCAGACAUAAAAGAAGACAUACUAUGGUUUCAAAUCUAACUGAGACGCCAAUACAGUAUUUAGAAAGAAUGCGUUAUACAUUGUCAAAACUGGAACUGAUUACAUUGUUAGCGAAAAGUAAGGAUGUCUUUCACGAAGCAGUUUUGAGAACGUAUAUGGAUUUAUUUGAUUUUCGGGGGGAUCCGAUUGACCUUGCAUUGAGGAAAUUCCUCAUGGAUUGUUGCCUUCCUAAGGAAACUCAACAAAUCGAUCGGAUGAUGGAAGCGUUUGCCAAACAAUACCAUGAAUGUAAUCCGGCCCUGUUUCCUUCUCAAGAUACUGCAUAUCUUCUUGCAUUUUCUCUGCUCAUGUUGCAUACGGAUGCGUUUAAUGAAAGCGUAAAAAGAAAAAUGACAAAAGAAGAAUUCAAGAAAAAUGCAAGGAUCGAUGGAGUUGCUUCCGAAAUAUUAGAUAUUUUAUAUGAUAAUAUUACAUUUGCACAGUUUAUUUAUGCCGAUGACGAUACUGAUGUAGAUGGAACGCAAAUGUUCGCUACACCGUCCGAUCUGAUACAGUCAAAAGCUAAGAGAGUAGAAAGAUCAAAAAACAAUCCUUAUUAUGUCAUUCAAAAUAAAGUGCCGACAGAAUUCACUCCUUGCAUCAAAGACACCGUCCCCAAAGAAAACCCGUAUUCAUAUAAAGGGACACUGCCGGACCUAGACAUUGAUUACCUUCGCAAAGGGUUUACAUCAGCUCGCACGAUUAGAAUUACAGGUAUUCCUGCUCGUCAAGAAACAUUCAAUCCAACCGCUUCUGUAAUACGCCCUCUUCAAGGUGAAGCCGGAACAUUCCUGUUGAAUAUAACCAAAGCCGGGAGGCUAUUCAGAAAAAUCGACUUGGUUGAGGGUGGAAAGCAGGCAACGGGGUUCGGCAGAAGGUGGAAACAGUUUGGUAUUAUUUUAAGCGGAAGCCAACUAAUGUUUUUCAAAGACGUUGCCCGCUUUGAUUCCAAAAUGGCUGAUUUUAGGGAUACUGAGAGUUCCGCUAAAUGUCCAGUUCUGAAACCAGACGUCAUAUUAAUGACAGCGGACUCUGUCGCGCUAUAUGAUAAUAGCUAUACCAAACGCUCAAACGCCUUCCGUCUCGUGUGUUCCAAUGGCUAUCAAUAUCUUUUCCAGGCAGAAUCAGAACAAGAGAUGAAUGACUGGAUUACCAAGAUUAACUACGCCGCAACUUUCAAGACGGCUGGCAUCAAAAUGAGACAUUUACGCAACAGUAAUCGGGAGAAAGGGAGACAGAGAAGAUGGGAAAGGAAGAAUAAUAUACAGCCAUUCUUCGAUUAUCAAAAUGGAAGCCAUUUUGAACAUGGACCUUCUGAUACAAUGAGUGACACUUUCGGCAGAAGCGAGGUGUUGAAGUCCAAGAUGGAAGAUCUCAAAGGCAAGAUAACUACGCACACCUCCCAACUUCAUCAAGAUAUUCGAUCUAUAAACAAUCUUGCAAUCAUGAUCCCUUAUAAAGUCGCUACUCGUGAUUGUAUAACCCAGACGACUAUCACUGUUAGCAAACGCAUCAGGACGACUUUUCUAGAACUUAGCAAGCUUCUCUGUUACCAUGAAAUACUCGAAAAAGACCUCCACGCUACUAUGAAAGAAGAUGCUGACUGUUGGGUUAGAAGCAAGAAACUCAUCAGAAGAUCGACUCAAAAUAUGAAGUCGGAAUCUUGUCAGGGUACCAAGUCUGAGCUAUUCAAAUAUAACACUAUCAGAGAUUCAUAUCCGCGCUCAGCGAGUUCAAGUAGUUUGCCAUUUCUGGACCUUCAAUCGUCUAAAAGUACUGAAUCUCAUCACACAAGUUCAUCCGAUGAGACUACACCCGAAAUGUAUAAUCACGCGCGCAACAGCUCGCCAACAUUGUCCACAAAAUUCAAAGAUGAAAUUUUGAGUUUUGCUGAUGUAACAUUUGAGGAAGUCCAUGAUAGAGACAAAGAAGAAUCUAGUGGAGAGUGUGGUGAAGGAUCCAUCGAAGAAUUUCUCAGCGCCGAGGAAAGUUAA